AUGUCCACUCCGCCGUCAGUCGAAUCCCAUCUUAACCUCUUCCGAUGCUGGAUCGUCUUCCUCUUUGCAUUCUUCUCAGGUAGUGCGCGGGUUCCGCUCUUCUGCAGACCUGCAGAAACACUACAAAAUGGACACCACUUUUAUCACGAUCCACGGCAUGUCUUUACCGCUCCUGAUCGACAGAUCCCAGCAGUCUCAGUCCACCUGUCCCGGGAUGCUUCGAUCCGUUAUGCAUCAGGCAGCAUAGAGGCGGUGCUGGGCUACCAACCUCAUGAAGUUCUCGAUCGCUCUUGCUGGGAAUACUUCCACCCCCAGGAACUGCCUUUUGCCCGGUCGAUCCAUAGUCGCGGCGUGCGGUUGGAUAAGGCUGCAGUCUUGAAUUAUUGUUCGAUCCGGCAUAAGGAUGGUUCCUGGGUUGGGUGCGAGUGUGUCUUUACUGUAGUGUACGAUGUGUUGAUCGCAAGUACCACUGUCUACGGCCGAGGACAUGGAAGUCAGAGGCGCGCUGUUGAUGCGCCCAUCGUCCGCCAGCUCUUCAAUUCCUCUCCAAAUGAUCCCCGCUACCACAUGCUUACCUGGAUCUCUAAUAAAUUCUCUCAGCGUCUGACCGAGCCUCUCCACGAGCCCCGCGCAGCCAUGUUCGUGAACCGCUUCACGCGAACUGCAACGAUCAUGUACGCUACAAGGGGAGUAUCGGAGAUCCUAGGUAUCAGUCCAAAUGCGCUUAUCUCCCAGAGUUUCUACUACUGCAUACAAGAAGAAUGCCUGGGUGGUGCAGUCAGAUGUCUCGAAGGUGCGAAGAGGAACGAUUCCAUCGCUUACCUGCGUUUCUGGUUCCGGAAUCCUCUACAAGACGUUCAUGGGUCCGGUCUUGGAUUGGAUGCGGCCGCAAGUCUACCACCGAUCGAGCUGGAAGCCGUCGUUUCCUGUACCUCAGACGGUCUCGUCGUCAUCUUGCGCCGAGCCCGUGCCCCCAUCCCUACUACCCCCGCUGUCCCUGCAAUCCCCGAGCCAGCUCCGGUCUAUACCAAUGGUAUCUUUGCGGCGCCGUGGGCCCCCGAGCCAGUGUUUUCCUACGGGACACCAUGCGACACCCCCUCGCAUCCAGCCAUCCUGCGGCCUUCUCGUCCAGAGACCGGCACCUUGUGCCUAGAUGGACCUGCGCCUGGUUCAGCAGCUCAUGGAACUCCUCUUCCGGAACAGAAGAAUACUCUAUGCCGCGACGGCUUGGAACCCAGCUCUGGUAGCGCAUCGGAUUUCGUGUAUGGCUCGGAGAAAGUCUCUGAACAGGAAGCGUCUGGAGGCCCAGGAGAAACUGGUCCUCACUCAUACCGUCUUAUGGACACCAUCCGCGACGUGGCUGUCUUCGCGUGGGGAAUUGUUGGCAUCAACCGCGGAUUGGAGCAAUACAAAUGCGGAACCCCAACUGGUGAUGCUCAGCCAGACGAUGAGAUUGAUUUUCAUGAUUCACGUUAG